CCCUCCACCGUUCUACUCUAUACUCUCCUCUAGACCCUCCCUCUCACAAUCCUCAAGCAAGCGCAUACAUCUCCUGCUCCCUUAGACGUUCCCCACAAAAUGCAUUACUUUUCGCAGCUGUUCCAUUACGAUCAUCCAUGGUCCCACGUCGUCAUCGGCAUGUGGCACAAGUACCCCAACCCCCACUGCAGCCACGUCCUCAGCAUCGAUGUCGUCGACCGCUCGGUAGACCCACAAACCGGCAUCAUCCGGACAGAGCGGAUAUUGGGCUGCAAACAGAAUGCACCAGGUUGGAUAGUCAGGUUCUUCGGCGGCUCUGAAGACGCAUUCGUACGAGAAGUCUCGUUCAUCGACCCCGCAACACAGACGGCGACGAUCACAUCUGUCAACCUCUCGCUGUCUCAGUUCGCAACAUGUUACGAGAGCAUCCGCUAUACGCCCUCACCGGACGGCCGGACAACGUUUGCGCAGACCGCGGAGAUCCAGGCGCGCAUGACCAUCUGGCGCAGUAUGGCGGACAAGCUCGAAAACUGGCUCGUGCAGCGCUUCGAGCAAAACGCACAGCUGGGGAAGAUUGGCUUCUCGGACGUCCUGCGUCAGCUCUGGGAAGUACGGGAGCAGCAGUUGGCACGGCAGGCAUGAGCGGUCGCCGCUCGGGCUCGUUUCGCUUCGGUUUCUUCCUGGUUUCUUAUGGGUAGAGACCGUGCCCCGGUUUCGCGGCCUUAGAUGGGCUCGAGGACGUUUAUAGUAGAUCCAAAAAGCGUCUUGCCGACGUUCGUUCACGACCGCCUCUUUACGAUACAUUUUACUGUACUAUCCCCCCGCAUGCUGUUUAUGACUACCCCCCUCCCACCACCCCCUCUCACGGGCUCCCUAGAUACCUCGCUCGUGUCCGCUUGCAGCAGCCUUCGCACUCCCUCAUUCAAUCGCAAUGCUGUCGCAAGCUUCAUCUCAUCCGAACAUUUGUGAUAUAUG